GGAAGUUUUAGACAGGCUAAUGAUUUUACCAAGAAAAGAGAGACGUUUUCGAAAAGAGACAAUAUUAAGGAAUCUUCUAAAAACAAACAACGCAUUCUUUAAGAAGAAUCGCUCAAUUGUCGUCAUGAUGUACAACAGUCUAGUCAAAGACACAAAAAGAGGCAGUCAACUUAAAAAGAAGCGAAAAUAAGUUUCAGUCACCAUAUUUUAACCCAAAAUAAUGGUACGAAUACUGAAAUUACUUAAAAGUCAUAUAAUCCUAUUUGCUAUUGUUUGUUUGCUUGCAAUAAGGAAAUCCUUUAAGGAAGUAAAAAUUACUAAAAUCGAUCGUUUUGUUCCCGAUAUGAAGUAUAUUUUAGUUUGGACUAACAUCUAUGGAAUCGAAGAAGAAGGUCAGAAAUAUUUUAUUAGUAAAAACUGCAAACAUAUAAACUGUUACAUUACCAAAAAUGAUAGUCUCUUCAAUGACGUGAGAUAUUUCGACGCCAUCUUAUUUGAUGGUCAAGACGUAUCUAGGGAUAUUAUUGCAUUGCCUCAGCUUAGAAGCACAAUGCAGAAGUAUGUUUUUGUGGCUAAAGAAUCAUCAGAUAAUUUUCCAGUAUGCAAUAAAAUUUAUGACAACUUUUUCAAUUGGACUUGGACAUAUCGCUACGAUUCAACAAUAUCGUACCACUUCAUAACGGUCUUCAAUUAUCAAUAUAUAGAACUUGGCAACCGUUUCCUUUGGGAAACUUAUAUGAAACCAAUAGACAAGACAUUAAAAUCUCAAUUCAUAACGAAAUCUAAGGCCGCUGUUAUAUUCUUGGACAAAUGUAAGAGUAGAAGCAAAAGAGAGGACGUCAUAGAUAAAUUAAAAGGUUAUUUAUCUAAAUAUAAUCUAACUAUUGACAUUUUCGGGCCAUGCAGCGAUAAAAAGUGCAAGAGGAAGAACAUGAAACCAUGUUUGUGGAGAUUGAAGAAAACAUACUAUUUCUAUCUAGCGUUCGAGGAUUCUAUCUCUUUAGAUUAUAUAACAGACAUAGUUUUAUACGCGUAUAACAAUAACGCUAUACCGAUUGUCUAUGGCGGUGCCCAGUACGACAAGUAA